AGGCAGACGACGAGACACUCUGCGUCUCUAACCCCGAAACUUGGAAACGCUGUGUCUCAGCUCCCAAAAGAACUAGAAAACUGGUUUUUGGACCAAAAUAGACCUAGAAGUGAUACCUCGUCCAUUCGAGAUCGCGAUCAGGGAGUGCCGUCCGAUUUGUGUUGGUCCGAUCCGACGGAACUCAUCAAAGGGUACGAUUUCUCGCCACGCGGCGCCGGAUGUUUGUUCGGAAGGGAGGCGCUGGACGAUUUUUUGGCACGCCACGAACUGGAGAUGAUUGUUCGUGCGCAUCAAGUCGUCAUGGAUGGAUAUGAAUUUUUUGGUGACAGAAAGUUGGUCACAAUUUUCUCGGCACCAAGUUAUUGUGGUCAUUUUGAUAAUUUCGGAGCUGUGAUGCAUGUCAAUGAGAAACUAGAACAUUUUGGUACAAAAAACAGGUUUCUAGCUUGUCUAGAACCCGGGAUAUGGUCAUUUGAAGUAAGGAGCACAUUUUCGGGUGCAAACAUCAUCGGAUGGCUUUCCGGAGAGGGAAUCCGGGAAAUGACGACGAUUUCCGAUCAUUCCAUGGGAUUCUUGGGAUUGAAUGGAAGAGAUGGAGAGGAGAACGAGGAGGAAGAUCUGGAAAAGUUUUCAAGGUGGACUCAUAUCCCACCUGGACCCAUUUGGAUAUGUACUAUUCGGUAG